AUGAAAAAGGAUCAAUAGUAACUUUUACACAGUGUCUGCGUAAAGUCCUUAACAUGGGCAAGGGACUCUCACGGGCUUUUUGAUUACGAGUCCAAAAGUAUUCACAAGAAAACCACAAAAAUAGACCAUUCAGGAAAAAUAUUCAGAGUUGGGAAUGAUGUGAAUUUUGUAGGUGAAGAUAUAGACAUCAAUCAUAUAGAGGGCUGCGUCAACUUACUCCCCCCCCCUCCGUGAGUGAACAAAACCAUUAGAAAAAUCGCUAUUUUUUGCCCAAAAACCCACCCUCCGUGAGUCAACAAAAAUUUUUUAAUACAAAAAUUUUUUAUGGAAAAAAAUUUUGAUAUAUAAAUGAUAAUUAGUAUAAUGAAAUCUAGAGCUAAUUCUAUUUAAAUUUGAACGAAUUGCUUUUUUAAAACAUAAAUUUUAUAAAUUAAAUUAAUAUUUGCUUUCCAAUUUUUGCGAAUUAGGAUUUUUUUAAAUUUCGAAAAAAAAAAUUUUUUAUAAAAUUUAAAUAUAAAUUUUUUAAAAAAAAAAAAUUAACCCCCCCUCCCGUGAGUGAACAAAAAUUUUUUUGUUCACUCACGGAGGGGGGGGGAGUUAGCAAAUAUUUCGAUAGACAACAACCAAUGUUUUCUAUCACAAAUAGAUGAGUCAUUGUGGCUGUCUUUAAGAAAUUCUAAGCCAGAGGAGUCAAAAAAUUACACUCUUACUGAAGGGACAAUUAUGAAAUUAGGCAGGGUAAAAUUCAAAAUAAGUGCAUUGCACACGUCAAAUCUAGAGUCUUUGCUGUUUGUACAAGAUGGCCCAGAAAGUGUUUUACCUGAAGAUAGUGUAUGCAGGAUAUGCCUUUGCGGAUUAAUUGAUGUGGAAAACCCUCUUAUCAGUCCUUGUGUGUGUAAAGGGACUAUGAAGUACAUUCAUAUCCAGUGUCUGCAAAAAUGAGUUUCUUCUAAGUUUUCGACAAAAAUCGGCUUAAAUUCAGUGAUUUUUUGCUGAAAAUCAAUGGAUUGCGAGCUUUGUAAAAAUCCUUAUCCAGCAAGCAUAAAAGUUGGCCGAAAAGUACAUGCGAUUUUUACAGCUGGAGACAUUCAGACCCCUUAUUUCAUGCUAGAGUCUAUGUCUAGAGACAGUAACAACCACAGAAUGCUUUAUUUAGUUUCCUUUACUAAUAAAUGCUCAAUAACCCUUGGAAGAGGCCAUGAUUCUGACUUAAGGGUCUCAGACAUUUCAGUCUCAAGAUGUCAUGCGGUCAUUAAAUAUGUGGAUGGAAUAUUUAUUUUGGAGGAUAAAGCAAGUAAGUUUGGGACUUUAGUGAUGCUGCAGGAGCCGCUUAGAAUUAAGGCAGAAGAUAAUAUAGUUUUGCAGGUUGGAAGAACUGUUCUUGAAGCUACUUUAAAAAGUGGGUCUAGAGAAGAUUAUUCGACUGAUGAUGAUUUAUAA